AACAGAACUCAAAUAUUCGUCGUAAAUACCUUCAGCCAAAGUUAGCUCUGGAGUUGUUGCUGCCGACUAGAACAGUUGCAAUCUCAGGUUCUUGAGUAUCAGGAACUUCAGCCAAACAACCACCUAGCAUGGACUCAAGACUAACCAGGAGCCAGCAGAAAACAAUCUGCUCUCAGCUGGGAAGCGUCAAACUCCAGCUGCUGUACAAGGCCAGCAUCCAUGGUUUCACUGGCCCAGCCUUCCACCAACGAUGUGACAACCGCUGCCCGACGGUGUCUGUGGGUUACAAUGCCUCUGGUUAUGUGUUUGGAGGCUUCACCAAACAACUGUUCAAUCAGUCAGGACAGUAUGUGUAUGAUGACCAGGCCUUUCUUUUCACCUUCAGUGGAGAAAAGCUACUCAAAUAUCCAGUCACCACUCCCGCUAAUGCAGUCAGAAUGGUAAACACCUCAGGUCCAUAUUUUGGAGAAGCGUUGGUUCUUGUCAAUGGCAACAAAGCUGUAGUCCAUAGCAGUCCAGGAAAUUAUUACAACUUCAAUGCUGCUGAAAUGCACGGCAACGACCUCCACCUGAUUGAGUGUGAAGUCUAUGGAGUGGAGGAGAUCCCAGAAUUUGAGAAGCCAUGGAGGCCGGUGGUUUGGGACAAUGAGAAGAAGACAGAGAUGAUGGACAUCAUCAAGUUUUACUGCCCCAUAAUCAGCUCUGUGUCCCAGGUCCGGGUUCUGCUCAUUGGACCAGUUGGAGCUGGGAAGUCCAGUUUCUUCAAUUCUAUCAACUCUGUAUUCAGAGGCCACGUGAGCAACCAGGCCAUCGCUGGCUCCUCUACCACCAGCCUCACCACACAGUUUCGCACCUACUCAGUGAAAGCUGGACGAGGAGGAAAACCUCUGCCGAUCAUCUUGUGUGAUACUAUGGGAUUGGAGGAAAACACGGGGGCGGGGCUUGACAUGGACGAUAUCGUCAGCAUCCUUAAAGGUCAUCUGCCAAACACUUAUCAGUUCAACCCUUCUGCUCCUCUGCAUCCUGAGGCUAGCAGCUAUCAGAAGUCUCCAGGCCUCAAGGACAAGAUCCACUGCGUGGCCUAUGUCAUUGAUGCCUGCAAGGUCUCCAUCAUGCCUGCAAAACUGGAGCAGAAACUGGAAAACAUCCGCAGAAAGGUCAACUUAAUGGGCAUUCCUCAGCUGGUACUGAUGACGAAAGUGGAUGAAGCCUGCCCCUUUGUUUCACAGGACAUUAGGAACAUCUAUAAGAGUGGCUACAUUGAAGAACUGAUGCAGGAGGUCAGCGCUCGACUCGGUGUGCCAAUGUCCUGUGUUGUUCCUGUGAAGAACUAUAGCAAAGAGUUUGACUUGGACCUGCACUGUGACAUCCUGCUGCUCACUGCCAUCAUCCAGAUUCUUCGCUCCGCUGACAGUUAUUUUGAUGAGCUGAGUGACCUGUAUAGCAACACUGAAACCAAAGAAUAGUAAGAAAAAGCAAGCAAAUGUUUUUUUUUCCUUGUCUGACUCUAACAAAAUGAUCUUUAAAAUGACCCAGCAUCCAGCAGCUCAGGUCCAAUGUGUAAGCCCUGUAGUUGCACCAGAUCAUUGAAUAAAAUAGCUAUUGUUACUAUGUUCCAUUUUUGUUAAAGUUUGUCAACAACUAAACCACGCACAAACAGUGUGCUCGUUUUUAAUCUGUUGUAUUAAUGAUAACGUUGGAUUUUAUUAAAAUGGAAUUGCCAGUCAUGGUGUCUUUGGGGCUUUUCUCUACUCAUCAGUUUUUCCCUCCACAUUACUCCAUGAAUAUUGAAUCUUUAUACAGCUGAUAACAUUACAUAUGAACCAAAUCUGAUUUACCUAGAACUUACCAGUAUUCUAAAGAAUUUUACAAAAACAGUCAAUGUUUACAUUACCAUUCAAAUGUUCAAAAUUGCUUGUCAUAAAAGCUUAAUUGAGCUUAAACGCUACAGUCAGAUGUCUGAGAGGACUACUCUACAUCUUUAAAUUGUAAAGAAAGUCCUCUUCCCAAACAGAUGUUAUUUUGUAUGGAGGCUUUGUUUUGUACAUGGAGAUCAAAACACUACAGUCAUUCAGUUCUAUUUUUUUCAAUUUUUUUUUAAUUAAACUUUUUUUAUCUUAAUAAUAAAUCUGGUGUCUGAAUGAUAGUGUUAUAAUGUAUGUUAAAAUACCCAUCAUUGAAGGAAAGAAGAAAAUCAUAAAUGUAACAGGUGAUUCCAAACUUUUAAAUGGUGGUGUUUUUUGCAGUAGCUGCUAAACAUUAAGCAUCCUAUUACAAAGUCUUACAGUUUGUGCUUGUAUGCGCUUCAUGGACACCAGCGGUGCUUAUACUAAAGUGACAUUACUGUUUUCAGUUCAAUUAUUCCAAUGCCCGUUUCCUUGAUGUCUGAAUUAGCAGAUACAACCAUGUGCAUGAUGUUGCAAAUUAACUUGUACCACUAGUUGUGUCAGUGAAAUGACAGGAUAUCGUAUUGAAGUUGGUCAAUGUAUGGUCUGUAUAUUGUUGUUCAAUAAAAGCUCGGAGUGCAUGAACAGAAAA